UGUUCACUUUCCACCGCUCCGUGUGUUCUUCUCCCGUUGCCGGUCGUGCUUCACCCCCACCGCCACCACCGUUACAAGCGCUCGUCUCUAGUGGCCCACUUCGCACGCAAAAGGACUUUCUCCUCAGAGCCAGCCCGGACGCAGCUCGGAGAAGGUUGUUACGCCGCCGUUGCCCCCUCGACGCACAGACUCGACGAGCUCUCCUCUCCAAGCCAGCAUCCCCGAGGAUCUUCUUCGUAGCCGCCCCGCCACCACAAGGUUCCACGACAAUGCAUCGUAACCUGAUCGUCCUGGCUCUCAGCGCCACAGCUCUCUACCUUGUGUGCGGAAAGUCGCUUCACAGGGCGAAGCGAUGGGAAGAGUUUCCGGACGUCGAAUUCCACUUCGACUGCAGUGACAAGCCGAUCGGCUUCUACGCCGACAUGGAGUUCGACUGCAAGAUCUUCCACAUGUGCGAUGCCUACGGCCGCCGUGUGCCGCACAUCUGCGCCAACGACACGGCCUUCAACCAGCGGUACCGGGUUUGCGACUGGGAGUACAAUGUCAACUGCGCGGACUCUCCCAACUUCUACUACCUCAACGACCUGACCUACGAGACGGAGCCGCCAACCAACGCCAAGGCCUAGUCUGCCAGAUAGAUAGAUUCGACGGUACGCACGGUUCAACCCUCCCCUCUUGCACUACCACCCUCCCAGACCCUUCUCACACUCCUGAUCCCUCUAACAAGCCAGUCCCCAUCCCAGCUCAUGUUACCGAACACGUUCCCCCAGAUGACACCCAGGAUGCCCUUUGCGUUCACCGUUAGCACGGGCUUCUGAGCAAAUCGGUCGCAGGCGGAUGCCUCAGCAUCAUGUAGCAUACAUGAUGUGUUACCUUCUCGGACAAAUGUCUUUGCGGAGCAGAAAAAAAAGGUAGACAAAAAAAGAAAAAAGCGCCCCUUCGGACCGAUUUGCUAAGAAAUCAGCGCUGCGUGAUACAGUCGGUCGCAAGGAAGAAUGCACGGCGUAGUUAAAAACCAAGACAAGAUGAAAAUUAACCGAUGGUCAGAGCUCAUUACUGGCCCAGAGCGUUCACAAAGCCGCACCACCAUAACCAGUAAAUUAAGUGGACUCCGGUUGCCAGAGCAUCUUGUACAGGCGCGGCUUGCGGGAAGGGACUAAGCUUUAACGACAGUUUCAAGCAUCGAUCAACAUCGCAACGACCUAGAAAUGCUGUACGGUAAACGAUAAGGUCUCGGAAGGCACGAUAAACUUCCGGCUUGCGCCCAGAAGACGCGGCACGGAUCCCUUCCUCACGGCGCUUGUAGUAAACGUCGACAACGACAACCAACGUCACAGCGUGGAGGCUGCGGUCAGACGAUGACAACGGCGUCUCAUGACGUGAGUCUAGGUCAGCGAUAAUGGGCCUACUUGACCGCGCCGAGCCAACGGAAAACGCGACGUGCUCUUCUGAAGCAAACUCAUUUCCGGUAAAUGUCAGUCAGCUAGACCUAAUUGCGCGACGCACGCAUUGCGGCCUUCUGCUAGGACUAACUUCGAUCCAAGAGCGUGUGGGCUCGCCGGCUCGUGACAAUCACUGGCUUCUUUGUUGCAGCUCGCAUGCAGGCAUAUUAGAGCCCUGUCCCUCAAGCCACCCCGUAUGAGCGCCGAAAGUUCAUUGCGUAAAGUUCGGGGCACGCCGGCUUGGCAUCUGCGUGAGCCGGGGUAUAGCCCGUUAGCAAGCCCGCUCUGUCAUUACGCGGAACUCGUCGUGUGGGGCACUGCAGUCGCAUGCGCAGUCGAAAUCCCGUGCCCCGUCUAUUAGCUGCGCCAUUCUCCGGACUGAACAGACGGAAGGUUCCAGCGGUCUCAUUGUGGGCGACGGCAAUAUUCUCCAUUAUGCGGCAAAACUCAAACCUUGUAAUAAAUAGGUACUAAUCAUUCCACUGUUAGCUGUGAAAAAGAAUUAACAACAUUAUCACAAAGGUGUGCUAAGAGGUGCUCCUGCGACCAUUUCUGGGUAUAUAAAUUUGUCAAAACGGGACUGCAGUUUGCAGACGAACAGCGCCAUCGGUUCACUCCAUACCCUAGGUCCUCACCAAACCCUUCCUCACCUGCUCCCUCCUGCUCUCCAACACACUUUUGUUAGUUUGCGGGAAGCAAAUUGCAGGGCCUGUAGUCGUUGUUUUGCUCCAAGAUUUACGAAGUACGUACAGGAAUUAUUUCUUUAAAAAAAUAAAUUUUAAGCUUGCGGUGCUGUUUUCAAGACAAUUAAUGUUACCUUCAAAAAUCCGGAAGAAAUAUGUAAUUAAUUAUUGCGUUUUCAAGUGUGCCCUUUCAUCUCAACCCAUGACGUGUUUUUGUUUGACAUAGUUUAUCACACACACGCUCCACGCUCGCAGAUAUAUACAUGCAAACCUUUAAGUUAUAUGCUUUUGCCUGUGUGAAAAAAGAGCGGCCAAUAUCGCCAUCUGUAAACGAGGGAGAGAUAACGGUAGUAAAUCAUCACGGUGUACAUAAGUGAUUCUGUGUGCCCGACACAUGCAAUGUUUAUAUUGUCGCGUACUGUGUAAGACAAAGCAUCAGUCCCAGGAAGCUCAAAAAACAGCAGAUACUUAUGUGUAGUUUCGUGUUUCACAAAAAAUGGUAAAAUAAGGUGUUCAUUGUGUGUGUUUUAUGUCGUGUACAUAAGACAAUAAACCAAAUGUUAUUUGUA